AUGCUCGAUCCCGGCUCCGCUCAGAUGCGGGAGCAGGGCCGGCAAACAACAGGGGCAACGGAAAGCCUCCAGAAUCUGAAGAAAUUUAAUAACCAGGACUUCAACCGCCUGCGAGCUCUGUGUUUGAGCCAAGGACUGCUUUUUGAGGACUCCACCUUCCCUGCUCACAUCAGCUCCAUCGGUCCCAACCUGCUCCCAGAGGAUAAGCUGCGGCGAAUACAAUGGAAGAGGCCAACUGAACUUCAGAGAAAUCCUUAUUUGAUCAUAGAUGGAGCUAGCAGAUUUGAUAUCAUGCAAGGAGAAAUAGGUGACUGCUGGAUGCUGGCUGCCCUGGGCUCCCUGACACUGCAGAAGCAAUUUUUGGAAAAUGUUUUGCCAAAGGACCAAGGAUUCCAGGACAACUAUGCUGGGAUUUUCCACUUCCGGUUCUGGCAAUAUGGCGACUGGGUGGAUGUAGUGAUAGAUGACCGGCUGCCAUUCCUCGAUGGAAGAUACCUGUCUGUACACCCUCGAACGUCAAAUGAAUUCUGGCCAUCCUUGCUGGAAAAAGCAUAUGCCAAGUUAAGAGGCUCCUACCAGAACUUGCAUGGAGGAUACCUUUCUGAUGCUUUAGUAGACUUCACAGGUGGAGUCCAAGUGCAGUUUUCAUUGAAGGAUCCCCCUACUUGUCUGGAGGAAAUUCUGAAAGCAGCUGCCCAGUCUCGGUGUCUGAUGGGGUGUAGCACCUCAGGCCAGCUGAGGAGGAAUAUAGAGCUGAGGAAUGGGAUUGUACAGGGUCAUGCCUACACUGUCACAGGAGCUGCGAAGAUACGCUACAAGAAUGGCUGGAAACAUAUCAUCAGGAUCUGGAACCCAUGGGGCCAUGGGGAGUGGAAGGGGCCUUGGAGUGAUGACUCUCCUCAGUGGGACCAUGUUGAGCCUCAAUCCAGAGAACACUACCUCAGAAAUAAGGAUGAUGGAGAAUUUUGGAUGUCCUGUGAAAACUUCCAGGAACAGUUUUCCUGGCUGUAUAUAUGUAACAACACCCCAACGUUUCUGGACUUUGGAGAUCAGCACUGCACAACGUGGUCCGUGGACCGGCACAUCAACCUGUGGAGUCCAGCCCUUGCCACAGGCAGGAACAACUAUUCCCCAGGUGCAGUUUCAACAAACCCUCAGUAUUUCUUCAAAGUGCCAGAUAAUGACACAAAAACCUAUAAUGUAGUCAUUUCACUCAUGCAAAAACAUGCUGAGGAUAUGCAGGAUGCAAAAAACCUGAAGACUGGCUUUUUUAUAACUGGGGAGAACUCCAAAGUUCUGAAACAAAAUUUCUCCCUGACUCGAGAUGUGACCAACUACUUUCACUUGAGCCCAGGAACCUAUGCUGUCAUUCCGGCUACAACAGAGGACCAAGAAUUUGAAUUUCUCUUACGAAUUUUUGUGAAGAAUCAAGACUACAAUGAGAACACAAACUCCCUGCCCAGCCCAGUCCUGCCGAUGGAUGAACCAAGACAGAACCAGGACAGCUCCUAUAAGGCUGUCUUCUUAAGAUACGCUAAGCAGGGCUCAGCUAUUGAUGCCUUGCAGCUGCAACAGCUCCUUAAUGAAGUGAUCCUGCAAGAUGAAAUGACCAGCCUGGGAGGAAGAUUCAGCUUCGAUUCGUGCAGAGGCAUUUUAGCUCUGAUGGAUCUCAACUCGAACGGACAACUCACGCUGCAGGAGUUCGGGAGCCUCUGGCGAAGUCUCACUAAGUACAUGGAUAUCUUCAGCAAGGCGGACAGAAAUCAUUCUGGAUUUCUUGAUGUGUCUGAACUGAAGAGUGCGAUACAGACAGCAGGUCUGGCCGUCAACGAGCAGCUCCUGCGCCUGAUGGCCCUGCGGUAUGGGGAUGCUGCCAGAAGAAUCGGUUUCUCUGACUUCGUGUGCUGCAUGCUGCGUCUUGAAACCAUGACCCAUGCAUUUCAAAACUUAGCAGAAGGUGGAUCACAAAUUUUGAUGACGGAAAUGGAGUGGCUGACUCUUGUCAUGUACACCUAA